AACUUCGGGCGGAAGAGGCUCCCCGGGCGGACCGGAAAAGGCGGGGCCGGAGAGGGGUGCUUUCGGCUGCGCCUCGUGGAGGCGGAGAUUGCCUCAUCUGUGUUAUCAGACGUCAUACCAUGGGGCUCACCAAACAGUACCUGCGUUAUGUGCCAAGUGCAGUCUUUGGCCUUAUUGGCAGUCAAAAGGGUAACAUUGUUUUUGUGACACUUCGUGGAGAGAAGGGUCGCUAUGUGGCAGUGCCAGCCUGUGAACAUGUUUUCAUCUGGGACUUAAGGAAAGGCGAGAAGAUCCUCAUCCUUCAGGGACUUAAACAGGAAGUCACUUGCUUGUGCCCUUCCCCAGAUGGGCUGCAUUUAGCUGUGGGCUACGAGGAUGGCUCCAUCCGAAUCUUUAGUCUCCUCAGCGGGGAAGGGAACGUGACCUUCAAUGGACACAGAGCCGCUGUCACUACUCUGAAGUAUGAUCAGCUAGGAGGGAGACUGGCUUCUGGGUCCAAGGAUACAGAUGUUAUUGUGUGGGAUGUGAUCAAUGAGAGUGGCCUGUACCGCCUAAAGGGACACAAGGAUGCUGUCACGCAAGCUCUGUUCCUACGAGAAAAGAAUCUGCUAGUUACCAGUGGGAAAGAUACCAUGGUGAAAUGGUGGGACCUUGAUAACCAGCACUGCUUCAAAACAAUGGUUGGCCACCGAACUGAGGUGUGGGGAUUGGUUCUGGUAUCGGAAGAAAAGCGGCUAAUCACUGGCGCUGCAGACAGUGAGCUGAGAGCUUGGGACUUAGCCUAUCUGCAGGAGCAGAUUGAGGACCCAGAAGAGCCCAAUCCCAAGAAAAUCAGAGAAUCUUCUCCGAGAAAGCAAGAGAGACUUGAAGCCAAGGAUGGAGACUCCGGGAUGGAUGGAGAGCCUGAGACAGAUGAAACUCCCGAGGAUCGUAUUCUUUCAUGCAAGAAAGCUGGCUCCAUUAUGCGGCAAGGAAGGGACAGAGUUGUCAGCCUUGCAGUCGACAAGACCGGUAGGAUUCUUGCUUGCCAUGGAACCGACUCAGUGCUAGAAGUGUUCUGUGUACUUUCCAAAGAAGAAGUUCAGAAGAAAAUGGACAAGAAGCUGAAGAAAGCUAAGAAGAAAGCAAAAUUAAAUUCUUCCCAAGGGGAGGAAGAGGAAGAGGACCUUGAAGUUAAUGUUGAAAUGACUCUUCAAGAUGAAAUCCAGCGCAUGACUAAUAUCAAAGCUUCUUCCAAAAUCAAGUCCUUCGACUUCAUUCACUCUCCUCAAGGAGAGUUAAAGGUGGUCUUCCUGCUCCAGAACAACUUGGUUGAGCUGUACACCCUGAACACAUCCCUGGCGGCCCCUCAGCCUUCCAGGACCAACAGGGUGUUCGUCGGGGGCCACCGCAGCGACGUGCGCACUCUGUCGUUCAGCUCCGAUAACAUCGCUGUGCUGUCCGCGGCAGCCGAGUCUGUUAAGAUCUGGAACAGGUCUACACUGCAGUGCAUUCGCACAAUGACCUGCGAAUAUGCUCUUUGCUCGUUCUUUGUUCCCGGUGAUAGGCAGGUGGUCAUAGGGACCAAGACAGGGAAGCUGCAGCUUUAUGACUUGGCCUCAGGAGAUCUGCUGGAGACCAUAGAUGCCCACCACGGGGCUUUGUGGGCCGUGUCCCUCUCUCCAGAUCAGCGUGGCUUUGUGACAGGUGGUGCAGAUAAGUCUGUCAAGUUUUGGGACUUUGAGUUGGUGAAAGAUGAAAACAGUAGCCAAAAAAGACUUUCAGUGAAACAGACUCGAACCUUACAGCUAGAUGAAGAUGUUCUGUGUGUCAGUUAUUCUCCUAAUCAGAAGCUGUUGGCUGUGUCUUUGUUGGACUGUACUGUGAAGAUAUUCUAUGUUGACACAUUAAAGUUUUUCCUCUCACUGUAUGGACACAAACUGCCAGUCAUCUGUAUGGACAUCUCUUAUGAUGGGGCAUUAAUAGCUACUGGCUCUGCUGAUAGGAAUGUGAAAAUCUGGGGUUUGGACUUUGGGGACUGUCACAAGUCCCUUUUUGCCCAUGAUGACAGUGUCAUGUACCUGCGGUUUGUACCAAAGUCUCACCUCUUUUUCACUGCUGGGAAAGACCAUAAGAUUAAGCAGUGGGAUGCAGACAAAUUUGAACACAUACAAACGCUAGAGGGGCACCACCAGGAAGUCUGGUGCCUGGCCGUGAGUCCCAGUGGAGACUAUAUUGUCUCAUCGUCUCAUGACAAGUCUCUGAGACUUUGGGAGAGAACAAGGGAACCUCUGAUUCUAGAGGAGGAAAGAGAAAUGCAAAGGGAAGCAGAAUAUGAGGAGGGUGUGGCCAAAGAAGACCAACCAGCAGUUCCAGGUGAGACUGAAGGUGGCAGUUACUUUACCGGAAAGAAAACUAUUGAGACAGUGAAAGCGGCUGAGAGGAUCAUGGAAGCCAUCGAGCUGUACCGAGAAGAAACUGCAAAAAUGAAAGAACACAGAGCCAUUUGUAAAGCUGCAGGGAAAGAGGUUCCUCUUCCUGUCAACCCCAUCCUGAGGGCAUAUGGCAACAUCUCACCUUCAGCUUAUGUACUGGAGAUUUUUAAAGGAAUCAAGUCAAGCGAACUGGAAGAGUCUCUGCUUGUGCUGCCUUUCUCUUACGUCCCUGACAUCCUGAAGCUCCUCAAUGAAUUCAUCCAGCUCGGCUCAGACAUUGAACUUCUCUGUCGCUGUCUCUUCUUUCUCCUCAGGAUUCACUUUGGACAGAUUACUAGCAACCAAAUGCUUGUGCCUGUGAUAGAGAAACUGAAGGAAACAACUAUUUCAAAAGUGAGACAAGUUCAGGAUAUAAUUGGCUUCAAUAUGGCUGGUCUUGAUUAUCUCAGGAGGGAGUGUGAGGCAAAGAGUGAAGUUAUGUUCUUUGCCGAAGCUACAAGCCAGUUGGAAGAGAAGAAGAGGAAGAGGAAAAACAGGAGAAAGAUGAUUUUAACAUUGACUUAGAACUGAAAGUGUACCAUUUUCUACUUUCCAUGUAAAGGAACUCUAAGCCGACCUGCAAGGACACUGGGCUGGCCGUCAUCUUAACAGCAGCAAAUAACAGAACAGAAGUCCGUGUUACAGAAGGGCUCUCCAUGUAGCUCCUGGGCGGCUGUGGUCCGGCUCCGUUUCUUGGGCUUAGGAGCAUGAUUAGAUUAAAAACAAAAAAAAACCCUUCCUGUGCUCUUGAGGGUGAUCCCAGCAGAAGUUUUUCUUUUUACAUGCUAGCAGGGAGCAAAGAAUCUUUUUUAAAUUAGGUAGUUAGAUUACUAGAGUUCAGAAUAACAUUUCAAAGGUUUAUUUAUUUUUGUGGCACAUGAGGUAUUGUAUACUUUGUUAUUUUCCAUUGCUUUACUUCAGAGGCAAUCAGGUACUUGACUUUACUGUACAUGUAGUGUCAUGGAUUUUUGAGGCUAAAAGAAGAGGAAAAUCUAUCUAGAGCAACUUAUACAAACCUCUUGUGUUUCCUCAUUGCUGUUUAUACUUUCCCAAAUAAAAUAGUUGUUUACAGAGAA